AUGGAUCAUAAGGGACGCCCUGGAUCGCCACCCCUGCCUGGCAUUUCAGACCUGCCGACAAAAGACAUCCUUGGGAUCAGUGACCUUUUGGAUAACCAUGAUAGGUAUUACUUUGCCCGAACCUGUAAGAAAUACUAUGGGAUUUUCGCGGGGGCCCUCAAGGAGGUCCAAGAUCUGUACUCUCCCGCUCAGCAGUAUGCCCUCGAGAAACAUGCUGAUCCCAGUGUCGCGCUGAGACGGGCGAUAUAUGAGGGGCUGCAUGACGUUGUCAAAAGCUUCGUGCUACACAAUCAUGCCGUAAUAGGCAGUGCGAUCGAACUCGAUGGUGACCGCCUGGUGGGGAUAGCAAUCGGUAACAAUGACCAUCAGACGGCCCGAAUACUGCUGGAUAACGGGGUUCACGCUCGUCAAGGCCGCAAAACGCGCGACGGUGUUCCUCAAAUAUUGGGUAAGUCGGUAUACCGGAUGAAAAAAAGCCGUUUCGACCCCUCGGAUGAGAUGGUGGAGCUGCUGCUUUCCUACAGGUUGGAGUGGCAUUGGGACGGGACAUUCAAGUGGCUCCACCAAAAAGGGAAUGAAGAAUUCUUACGGCAAGCAUUGAUUGGAAAUUCUGGAUUCUUCAAUCUGCAAUAG